AAAACCCCAAGGUAAGGUAUGUAGGUCAAAUUGGGCUAUGCUGUAAAACGUUUUUUUGGCUCUCUAAAUUGAAUUGAAUGUUGAAUGAAGGGAGUGAGGGUUCUUCUGAGAGCUAUUAACAGAAACCGAAGCUUCAGCAGUCGAACAACACCCUCUCAAUCGCAGUCCCAGUCACAGUCUCAGAUCCUGCUGAUGGAUUCAUCUGAACGUUACUGCUACAACCCCACGUUACGCUGGAAUCCUCAAGUGGAAGAGUAUUUCACCAAUGCUUAUGGAGCAGAAGUCUUUUCUCGCAUUUCCAAAGCACUAACGCGUCCCUCUUGCUACUCUUGUAUACGUGUAAACACACUGAACACAACAACUGAAGCUGUCAUUGAGAAGAUUCUGGAAAUUCAAUGCGAUAAGAGGCUGCAAGAUACUGUAAAGAAUGGUGAUAUAGAAUCCCUAAGUGUUUUAAAGUGUCAAAUACCUGGGCUAGACUAUGUUGUAUUUGUGAAAGGUUCAGGCCCACAUGAUAUUCAGUAUGAUUAUCAGCAAGACAGACCUCCUAAGGAGAUAAUUGUCAGCCGUAAGUGUGCAGAGGCAGUUCUUCGAGGUGCUCAGGUAUAUGUUCCAGGUAUAUUAGCAUGCAGUGCUCAUGUUGAGAAAGGGGAUUUAGUUGCAGUUUCAGUUGGUGUUGAACAGCCUAGUCGUGACAAUGGAUGGGCUAUUGGAAUCACACGUGGCAUUGUCCUUCAAGGACUCAAAACAGAUCCUCAAUAUCUUGAAAGAGAUGGAUUAUAUAUUGGUCAAGGAACCACAACCAUGUCAAGGGCAGGAAUUUUUCGUGGAUUAUCAGGUCUUGGUGUGGAUAUGACUGAAAGAGUUUUUAGAUUAACAUCCUUUAAUGAUGUGAUGAAGGGGGACAUAUUUCUUCAAAACCUGCCAAGCAUCAUCACUGCACAUGUCUUAGAUCCACAAGAGGGAGAAAGAAUACUGGACAUGUGUGCUGCCCCUGGUGGAAAAACAACUGCAAUUGCUUCCCUUAUGAAAGAUAAAGGAGAGGUGAUUGCAGUUGAUAGGUCUCACAACAAGGUGCUUGAAAUUCACAAUCUAGCUGCAGAACUGGGGUUGACUAGCAUAAAAGCAUAUAAGUUAGAUGCCCUAAAAGCUGUUUGUGAAAACAACUUAGUUACACAAAGUUGUGGUCAAAGUCAAGCAAGUGAAGAGGCAGAGUCAAUGAGCUGUGUUACCAAAGAUUUACCGAUUUUGGAGAAAGUUAAUAAUAAUAAUAAUAGAGAGGAUGAGGGAAUGAAAGUAGGUUGUUAUAAAAGUAAAGCAGAGGAAAGGAAAGAAAGAAGAAGGAUGAAGAAUGGGCCCGGGAGAAACCAAUCGACAGGUGGCAGGGUGGAUAAAUGUGAAGGCUUUUUGUCAAACAGUUUUGACAGAGUCCUUCUUGAUGCUCCUUGUUCUGCUCUUGGAUUGAGACCCCGCUUGUUUGCUGGAGAGGAUACGGUGGAAUCAUUGAGAAGACAUGGGAAGUAUCAGAAGCGAUUGUUUGAUCAGGCUGUUCAGCUGGUUCGCCCGGGUGGAGUUCUUGUAUAUUCCACAUGCACGAUAAAUCCAGGGGAAAAUGAGGCAUUGGUUCGUUAUGCUUUGGACACAUACAAGUUUCUUUCAUUAGCACAACAGGAUCCAAGAAUUGGUGGACCUGGUUUGGUUGGUCAUUGUGAGUUAUCAAAUGGAUAUUUUGAGGAAUGGUUGAGAGCUGGUGAGGAAGAUCUUGUCCAGAGGUUUGAUCCUUCGGGCCCACAUGAUACAAUUGGAUUUUUCAUAGCCAAAUUCACAGUUGGCCCCAAAGAUUAGCUGUGACUGACUGAUUUUUCAUAGCCGAAUUCAUAGUGAGUAUUGAAUUAUAGAUUAAAGUCGUUGGGGCUUCAUGUUCUUAAGGGCUAAUUAUAUAUUUAUUUAUGCAACAACGUUAUUACUUACCGUUUAAUCUAAUAAUGUUUCAGUUUUGUACCCA